AUGCCCCCCGGCCGAGGCGAUCAUCCGCGACACCGUCUUCCAAAACUUCCUCAAGGACCCGACCUCUCCAGCGGGCCUCCUGCGCUUACACUUCCACGAUUGCUUUGUCGAAUGAUGCUCGAAUCCACUCCCACUGACGGGACAGACGUCGAGAGAUUCGCUGACGGGAACAAUAACUCCGUUCGUGGAUUCGAAAUCAUCGACGAGGCCAAGACGAGGAUCGAGGCCGUGUGUCCGGGAGUUGUGAGCUGCGCUGAUAUCAUCGCCGUAGCAGCCAGAGAUUCGUCCGUCAUUGUUCCAACCGGAAGGUACGAUGGAAGAGUUUCCAACAGGACGCUCGCCAAUGAGAGACUGGCUAGCCCAUUCGAAAACAUCGACCAGCUGAAGCGAAAAUUCGCAAACGUUGGAUUGUCUACUCAGGACCUCGUCCUUCUUUCCGGUGGCCACACUAUCGGUCGAACAAAGUGCCGCUUCUUCGAGAACCGUCUCUACAACUUCACUGGUGGACUGCCGGAUCCCAGGCUGAAUGCCGAGUACGCUGCUGCGCUCCGACGGAUUUGCACUCCACAGGGAGCAGACCCAUGCCCGACAGUGGCCCUGGACAGAAACUCCGAGUUUAGCUUCGACAACGCCUACUUCAGGAACCUGGUCGCGAACAAUGGUGUACUGAACUCCGACCACGUCCUUGUUGAGAGCUCUGAGACAUCCGGCCUCGUGAGGAAUCUAGCUCAGGAUCCCAACCUGUUCAAGGUUUUAUUCGCGGAGUCCAUGAUCAACAUGGGAAAUGCUGCCUGGAAGACCCGAGCCAACGGAGAAAUCAGAAGGAAGUGUAGCGCUGUAAACACGAGGCUUACCACCGAGGUCGGACACAUAGCAGCCGUCUAA